AUGGUAGAAGCCGUCCUCUUCCCUGAGUCGCCCCUCCCCGACGAGCGCACCGGUGCUCUGUUCCUUGACGCUACAAGAGUCGCUGCCGAAGGUGAUGACGAGGCCCUGCCGCGCGAGCUGGCGCACGGAGAUGACGGCAGUGCACCCGUUCUUGAGUUGAGGGGCGUGAUGGACUUGGGGCACCAUGAACCGCGGCCUUCGUACGCAGCCCACGGCGAGGACCGGCAGGAUUCCGCCGACGCGCGUGCGCACAAUGGUCCCUUCGUCGGGUGGCUUUGGAUCGGAGAGCAGAUCCGCGCGGGCCGUGGCGUGCACGGCGGCGCCGGAGUCGAGGACGAAGUCGUCGCUGCUGUCUUCAGGCGCUGA